UCCUCCUCCUCCUCCUCCAGCGGGACGAUGGUUCUACUGAAGAACCUCCGUCCGCCCACCGAGGGAGUCCGGCACGAACAAGCCGACACCACGGUGGUGAUGGACGGACAGCAGCUGGGCCGAGGCACGCUGUACGUGGCCGACACGCGUCUGUCGUGGUUCGACGGCUCGGGGAUGGGUUUCUGUCUGGAGUAUCCCACCAUCGGCCUGCACGCCAUCUCCAGAGACGUCAGCGCGUACCCACAGGAGCACCUCUACGUCAUGGUCAACGGCAAACUCUCAGGGGAGAAUGAGGCCGAAAUGGCAGAGAGAGCAGCUGAUGGAGAAGAAGACGACAACGACGACAGCAGUAACAGCGGCGCUGAUGAUGAUGAUGAUGAGGAAGGAGCCAUCACAGAGAUCCGGUUCGUGCCCGGUGACAAGGUGGCAUUGGAGUCCAUGUUCUCAGCGAUGUGUGAGUGUCAGGCGCUGCAUCCCGACCCAGAGGACGACGACUCCGACAACGACUUCGAAGGAGAAGAGUACGACGUGGAGGAGGCCGAGCCUGAACGCAUCCACGGCCACGCUGACAUCCCCACCUUCUACACCUGUGACGAGGGUCUGUCGACGCUCACGCAGGAGGGCCAGGCCACGCUGGAGAGGCUGGAGGGAAUGUUGGCCCAGUCGGUCGCUCAGCAGUUCCACAUGGCCGGAGUCCGGACUGAAGAAGCCAACCCGGGGUUCGAAGACGGUAUGGAGGUGGAUGCAGCGGCGAUGGAGUCCGGUCAGUUUGAGGACGCAGACGUCGAGCACUGAUGGAAGGCAGCUGGUUAAAGCCCUUAUGCAUCAUGGGAUUGGAGGAGAGGACAGCAGCACUUCUCUAAAGCUCUCGGCUCUUACUCGUACUCUCUUCUCAGAGAAACCUUGUCCCCAUGUACUUAAAGGUCAUCUCACUAGUCUUUUGCAGCUUCCUACAUUUUCUCUCGUUGCAUCUUGUUGUUGUUUUUCUGCUCACAUUCAUCUCUACUAAAUUGUCCUAACCUUAUGAAUAAAGAAUGCUGUAUUCAGUCAGAUCAGCUACUGUAGACUAUUGAGAUGCAGCCCCAAAAAGCCCAGACCCUGUUGUUAAGUGUAAAAACAAAACGAUAAGUUUCUGUUUUGUACCUAAAGACCAAUUUAAUAUUGAUUUUCCUGCAGAGGAAAACAUGUCUUUGUAUUAAAUUGUCAAUAAAUGGAUAGUUUUUGUAUCA